UAGUACGUGUCUAGCAUUUCAUCAAAAUUUUCAGAUUAAAGUAUUAAGAUACAAUGGUGUUUGUCUGGUCUCUUGUUUUGUUAGUAAAAUUUCUUUUCCUUUAUUCACUAUUUUCUCUUUUAUUUACUGCAUGUUUUCCUGAAAUUCAGCCAAAGUGUCAUCCAUAUGAAAGCCAUGCCUUGUUGCAAUUUAAGGAAGGCUUUGUUAUCAAUAACCUAGCCUCGGAUAAUCUUCUCGGUUAUCCUAAAACGGCAGCUUGGAAUUCCAGCACAGAUUGCUGCUCGUGGGAUGGAAUUAAAUGUCACGAGCACACAGAUCAUGUGAUUCACAUCGAUCUUAGUAGCAGCCAACUUUAUGGUACAAUGGAUGCAAAUAGCAGUCUCUUUCGUCUUGUGCACCUUCGAGUUCUUGAUCUUUCUGAUAAUAACUUCAAUUACUCUAAAAUCCCGUCCAAGAUAGGUAUGCUUUCGCAACUAAAAUUUCUGAACCUUUCUCUUAGCUUAUUCUCUGGAGAAAUUCCACCACAAAUUUCACAGUUGUCCAAGCUGCAGUCUCUUGAUCUAGGCUUAAGAGAUAUAGCAAGUCCUAAAGGUAGUGCAGUUAAUCUGUUGCAACUCAAAUUGUCCAGCCUCAAAAGCAUAAUUAAAAAUUCCACAAAACUUGAGAUCCUUUUUCUUAGUGAUGUGACAAUUUCAUCUACUUUACCAGACACACUCACAAAUUUAACAUCAUUGAAAGAACUAUCUCUAUACAAUUCGGAUUUGUAUGGUGAAUUUCCAGUUGGAGUAUUUCAUCUUCCAAACUUGAAAGUUCUAGAUUUGAGAUAUAAUCAAAAUCUCAAUGGUAGUUUGCCUGAGUUUCAAUCUAGUUCACUCUCCAAUUUACUACUUGACGAGACAGGUUUCUAUGGUACACUGCCAGUAUCCAUUGGAAAGCUUCGUUCUUUAAUUUCCCUAUCAAUUCCAGAUUGCCAUUUCUUUGGAUAUAUUCCUUCUUCGCUUGGAAACCUCACACAACUCGUUCAGAUAAGCCUUAAAAAUAACAAAUUUAAGGGCGACCCUUCUGCAUCCUUGGUAAAUCUUACGAAGCUAAGCCUCUUGAAUGUAGGUUUGAAUGAAUUUACUAUUGAGACCAUCUCAUGGGUAGGUAAGCUCUCAUCAAUAGUUGGCUUGGAUAUAUCCUCAGUCAAUAUUGGCAGUGACAUCCCAUUAUCUUUUGCAAAUCUCACUAAACUAGAAGUAUUAAUUGCAAGAAAUAGCAAUAUAAAGGGAGAAAUUCCUUCUUGGAUAAUGAACCUAACAAAUUUAGUUGGCUUGAACCUACGCUCUAAUUGUUUGCAUGAAAAGAUAAACCUAGACACAUUUUUGAAGCUCAAAAAGCUAGUUUUUCUUAAUUUAUCAUUCAACAAACUGUCAUUGUACACUGGACAAAGUUCUUCCCUUAUGACCGAUUCUCGAAUUCAAGUCUUACAAUUGGCUUCAUGCAAUUUUGUUGAGAUUCCAACAUUUAUAAGAGAUCUGGAUGAUCUGGAAUUUCUUAUGUUGUCAAACAACAAUAUAACAUCGCUACCCAAUUGGUUGUGGAAAAAAGCAAGUCUACAAAGCUUAGAUGUUUCCCACAAUUCAUUGUCAGGAGAAAUAUCCCCAUCCAUAUGCGAUUUAAAAUCGCUCGCGACUCUUGAUUUAUCGUUCAACAACUUAAGAGACAACAUUCCUUCAUGUCUAGGAAACUUUAGUCAAUCCUUAGAAAAUCUGGAUCUAAAUGGGAACAAAUUGUCAGGCGUCAUUCCUCAAACAUACAUGAUAGAAAAUUCCCUUCAGCAGAUUGAUCUCAGUAACAACAAACUGCAGGGUCAGUUGCCAAGGGCAUUGGUCAACAACAGAAGGCUAGAGUUCUUUGAUGUUAGUUAUAACAAUAUCAAUGAUUCAUUUCCAUUCUGGAUGGGAGAAUUGCCCGAGCUAAAGGUGCUGUCUUUAAGUAACAACGAAUUUCAUGGAGACAUUAGGUGCCCUAUCUACAUGACAUGCACAUUUCCCAAGCUUCACAUUAUUGACCUUUCCCACAAUGAGUUCUCUGGAAGUUUUCCAUCAGAAAUGAUCCAAAGAUGGAAUGCAAUGAAAACUUCCAACGCAAGUCAAUUACAAUAUGAGCAAAAACUGUUAUUAUACUCGGGGUCGAACAAUUCAGGAGAGUAUCAUGCAGCUGCAGAUAAGUUUUAUUCAUUCACAAUGUCAAACAAAGGGUUGACUAGGGUUUAUGAGAAACUUCAAGAGUUUUACAGCUUGAUAGCCAUUGAUAUUUCAAGCAACAAAAUCGGUGGAGAGAUACCACAAGUCAUAGGCGACUUGAAGGGUCUUGUUUUGCUCAACUUGUCAAAUAACCUCCUUAUUGGCAGCAUUCCAUCUUCAGUAGGGAAGCUUUCAAACCUUGAAACACUAGAUCUUUCUCACAACAGUCUCUCUGGGAAAAUUCCACAACAGUUGGCUGAAAUCACCUUUUUGGAGUACUUAAAUGUGUCCUUUAAUAAACUCAGAGGUCCUAUACCACAAAAUAAUCAGUUUUCUACAUUCAAAGGUGAUUCAUUUGAGGGUAACCAAGGUCUGUGUGGGGAUCAGCUGUUAAAGAAGUGUAUAGAUCCUGCAGGGCCUUCUACUUCUGAUGAUGAUGAGGACGACUCAGGAUCAUCGUUCUUUGAAUUAUACUGGACAGUAGUGCUUAUUGGGUAUGGAGGUGGAUUUGUUGCUGGUGUUGCAUUGGGAAACACUUACUUUCCACAGGUAUUUGCAUGGUGUAGAGAUUGCCUUAGCGUUUCAGUUAUGAUAUUUCUUAAUAAGAUUUUUAAGAGACAUUAAUGAAUUGUUUUUAUGUUAUGAUGGCUCAAAAGGGUCUUGUUAGUUGAAAGCAAUAAAUUUGUUAGUCC